GUCUCUCCUCAACUAUGAGGAACACAAGCCAGUUGUGACAGCAGCAGCAUCGGAGGAUGACCAGCUGGUGGGUUUUGGGACUCGUGCCUACAGCACCUGGCGAGAGGUCUGGGAGAGCAGGAGGACGGCUAUGCAUCCUUCAUCCUGAAGAAGAAGAACUGCACUGCAGGCACAAAGAUGCAUAAGCUACAACUCUACCUGAAGAAGAAGCUGCAGCCACCCACUGUCUCCCUCUGAUGUCACACGCCUCACCUGUGAUGUCACACGCCUCACAUGCUCCUGCUGAAGCCAUUGUGAUGGAUGAAGAUGAAGAGCUGGAGAGGAUGAUGCUGAGCAUCUCUCCUUCAAAGCAACAUCUGUUUCUGCAUCUUCGUCAUCCUCCUCAUCUGCCAGACGACGAGAAAGAGGUCUUUAACCCAGAGCACCGUGCUGCCGACCGACACAACUGGGACCAUGAGUUCCUCUCCCACAUGCAGCAGGACUCGUCUGGUGUCGACCGUGUUCUGGUCCUGUUUGUCUUUUGGUGUUCCGCCUGUUGUCCUCGUGACGAUGAAUGGACUCUGGUCCUGAUGAGGCAGCCGGGCGUUCACCUCCCAGCCGUCUUUGAUCCUGCAUUGAUGGCCCAGCUCAACGCAGCCUCCGAACGGGUGUUGGGACAGAUGAAGUAUCCAGCAUUUCAUCUCUCGAGCACCGACACUGGAGAAAAGUUUGGCCUGCAGUACGUUGAGCCUGGUUGCCGCCCAGUUCCUGUGGACUGGGACAAGCACAGGACCAAGUCGGACUCUGCCCCCCCGGCCCUGAAUCCACCUCCUCAAAGCAGCGUGCCUACUGUCCAGUCAUCCUCACUCUUCAUGGCACCACAGAAGCUGUUCCAGUUUCCUCCACGCCUCCUGUGGAUUCUGCUGCUGUCAAACCAGACGUGA